UGCAGUUUUAGGAAGAGAGUUACUGCCGGUUGUCCCACUGUCACUAACAUGCGGGAUUACGACGAAAUCACCGCUUUUCUCGGAGAGUGGGGACCUUACCAGAAGUCAGUCUUCUUUUUUUUGAGCCUCAGUGUCUUUCCCAAUGGUUUCUGCGGACUGUCUAUAGUUUUUGUCGGGGAUAUUCCUGAACACCGCUGUUUCAUUCCCGGGAACCUCAACCUCAGUGAAGCGUGGAUGAACCGCACGAUCCCUCUGGAACAAGACAAGGACAAACUCCAGUACAGCAAAUGUAGACGGUACCGGUUGGAUGUGAUCAAGAACCUCUCGGAGAUAUUCCCUGACCCGGAUUCCGUCAAUAUUUCUGAGGUGGGACAGGAGCCCUGUUUGGAUGGAUGGGUGUACAGUAAGGAGCAGUACAUCUCCACCAUCGUCAGCGAGUGGGAUUUGGUGUGCAACAAUGAAUGGAAAGGGCCUUUUGCUAUGUCAAUUUUCUUCAUCGGAGUGCUGACUGGUUCCUUCAUUUCUGGACAGUUAUCGGACAGGUUUGGCAGGAAGUUGAUUCUGUAUGGAACUAUGGGAGUCCAGAGUGUAUUCAGUGUGCUCCAAAUAUUCUCUCCAAACUGGGAAUUAUUCUGCCUUCUCAAUUUCUUUGUGGGUCUUGGACAGAUUUCAAACUAUGUAGCUGCCUUUGUUCUUGGAUCAGAACUUCUGGGAAAAUCCACUCGGGCUAUAUUUGGUAUUCUAGGUGUUUGCAUUUCGUUUGCAAUUGGCUACAUGACUCUGCCUUUUGUUGCAUACUUCAUACGAAAUUGGAGGAUAUUGCUUUUCACACUGUCUCUCUCUGGCCUAAUAUACAUUCCUAUGUGGUGGUUUGUUCCUGAAUCUCCGCGCUGGCUACUAGUAAAGGGAAAGGCAAAGGAGGCUGAAGCAAUAUUCCGACACAUUGCAAAGAAAAACGGUGUCACUCCUCCAGAGGUGUUCUUCACUGAUCUUGAGCUUGAAGAUUUGAAGGCUAAAAGUAAACAAUCAUCGACAAUUAUUGAUUUGUUUAAAAGCCCUAAUAUCCGAGCCAUCACUAUUGUAAACUUUCUGUUAUGGAUGAUUAUAACAAGUAUAUAUAAUGGCCUGUCUUUGAACACAUCCAAUCUCCAUGGAGAUGAUUACUUGAACUGCUUCUUCGCUGGUGCCAUUGAAGUUCCGGCCUAUAUAGCAUCUUGGAUUUUCAUUCAGCGGUUUCCCCGACGGCUUAGCCUUACAGGCAUACUUUUUCUUGGUGGAGUUGUCUUUUUCUUCAUCCAGCUCAUACCUUCAAACCUUUCAAUAAUUGCCACAGUGCUGGUGAUGAUUGGAAAAUUUGCAGUCUCCUGUGCCCUUGCCAUGGUUUAUGUCUAUACUGUUGAGCUGUAUCCAACAAUAGUAAGAAAUAUGGGUAUCGGAACAAGCACAAUGGCCUCCCGGCUGGGCAGCAUCAUCUCACCUUACAUUUUCUAUCUUGGUAUUUAUUAUGAAUUUCUGCCUUUUAUUCUGAUUGGGUGUGUUCUGAUUCUGGCAGCAAGUCUAGUCUUGCUUCUCCCUGAGACAAUCAAUAUUCCUCUCCCAGAAAUGAUUGACCAGAUGCAGAAAUUCAAGUUCAUAUCUAGGCGAGAUCACAUGAAUCUUGACCCUUUAUAUACACACGCAGCAACUGAAGAAGACAAUACCGUCACCCAAAAAACAGAGGAAAUUUAAUCCAACCCUCAUAUAGAACAGUCGGACUGAAGAAAUGGUCAAGAAAUCAUUUGUUUACAAUUUAUAUUGUCAAAUAUUAUCAACAGUGUAAAUAUAUGUAACAGUGCAACAAAGAUACUCAAGGACCGUUGAUAAUUCAACAGGACACUACACUGUUUUAUAUUUCCUGCAUUUUAACACUCAUAUUUGUAAUUAAAAUUUAUUAUUAUGUGGGUUUUGUGAUGCAAUAUUAGCGUUCUUACUGCUCGCCAGACGAUCCAGGUUCAAGCCCCUUGUGUCAUAACAUGUCUGAGCAGCAUGACUGAACGACCUAUAAUACAAAACUUUGUGACUCAUUGUGGAUUAAA